CCGGGCAAACCUGGGCAGACGCAGACACAACAGGUUCUCUGAAGGACUACUGUGGACUCAAGCAAAAAUGAAACGGAAUCACGACUUUAGCUCCUCGGACAGCGAGCUGGAUGAAACUAUUGAGGUGGAGAAAGAAAGCGCGGAUGAGAAUGGGAAUAUCAGCUCUCCCCUGGGUUCAAUGUCUCCCACUACAUCCACUCAGGUGCAGGCAAGGAAAAGACGUCGAGGAAUAAUUGAGAAACGUCGCCGUGACAGGAUCAACAACAGCCUCAGCGAGCUCCGCAGGCUCGUUCCCAGCGCUUUCGAAAAACAGGGCUCAGCCAAACUGGAAAAGGCAGAGAUUUUGCAGAUGACUGUUGACCAUCUGAAGAUGCUUCACGCUGCUGGAGGCAAAGGUUAUUUUGACGCCCAUGCCCUGGCGAUGGACUACCGGGGUCUUGGUUUUCGGGAGUGUUUGGCUGAGACGGCUCGCUACCUGAGCAUCAUUGAAGGUUUAGACGGCACGGACCCUCUGCGGCUCCGCCUGGUCUCUCACCUGAACAACUACGCCAGCCAGAGGGAGGCUCACUCCGGCCUGAGCCACCUGGCGUGGGGCUCCGCAUUCGGGUCCCCUCCCGCCCACCUCACGCACCCCCUCCUCCUGCAGCACCAACAAGGGGCCACUUUGGCAGCUUUACCCCGCAGUGCCACCAGCAGCCCGCAAACUCCUCUGUCAACAACAUCCACUUCAUCCACCUCCUCCUCCUCCUCUUCUUCUUCAUCAUCAUCAUUGGUUGCAGAGACUCACGUCCCGGGAAGGCGCAGCGGCAGCGCCACCCCUCACUCAGAUCAAGGCCCACUCCGGGUUCCCCACACCACUGCUGGUUCGGCCUCUGUCUCCCACCCUGCUCUGGUCCCCUCAACCUCCAAGCUCUCCCCUCCUCUCCUGUCUUCCCUCUCGGCGUUCCCCUUCCCCUUCAGUGCCUUCCCCCUCCUCUCCCCUGCUACCGCCAUCAGCCCUCCAGCUCCAACCUCCAGCGUUGGGAAACCGUACAGACCGUGGGGGAUGGAGAUAGGAGCGUUCUGACUAAGGUGAAAACCUUCCACGACUUCUGCAUAAAGACUCACUUUACUCCCCGGCUGAGCUGGACUUUUAAACGGACAAGACUUUAUAUUUUUCUCAGCUAUGAAAGUUCUAUUUUUUCUAUGAUGUUGACAUCCCAAAUAGCUAUAGGAUUUUUAUUUUCUUGCUAAUGUAUUGUGUUUUGUAUAGACGGAAAAAAAAAAGCGAGGAGGGAGACCACGACUAAAAAAAGCAACAAUGAUUUAUUGUGAUUGAUCUGAGUUCCUGCCCACCCCUCUAGAAGUUUCACCCACUGUUUUCAGCCUAUCAGGAUCACAGCUUUUCCAGAUGGUCAAGCACUCCUCGCCCAUCAAGUUCCUGGGUGAAACUUCUCCCCCUCUUUAUUGUUUUCCCCUCUAAGUUGAAACAGCCAGUGUUAGUGCCCUGGUUACAUACAGAGUUGGGGGGCCGGGGAGUGAAAGGAGGGCCUGAGGUGGUCAAGAGUCACCCCCUUUUUAAAGCAUUUUAUGGGCUGGAAUAACCGAAACCAGGUGUUUGUUUGACUCAAUACUGGGAACAGAAGUUAGCUACCAGCUUGCUUGAAAUAAACAUAACCAUGAUUUACACAAAGCCUCAUAUGGUGCGUUGUUUAAGCUUCAUUCCUUAGGUUUCCUCUGUACUGUAAAUGUCUUCCUUUACAAAUGGGGCUUCAUAUGUGUUUUUUUUAACACCAAUUUCAAGCAGCCUUCCACAUUUCUCAUGUAACAGGUGUUUGCAUUGUUUUAAAUCAUCCUGUCUGUAAGUUGUUUUCUUGUACAAGUUUAAAGUAGCAGCGUCAGUAAUCAUCAAAAAAAGAACUUUUAUUUUUUUUAGGCUUCACAUCAGUUAAACAAGGCAAUAGAGCUCCUUUUAAAAACACUAACUCCUGCUUACCCUCUGAUUCUUUGGUUUCUACUGGUAAUCCUCACUUUACGUUUGUAUAUUUGAUGGUUGUAAAAAAGCUCAAACAAGCACAGACGAAUCAGAUUGUUCAGCCUUUUUUUUUUUUUAAAGCUGUUGCUUGUGGUGAUGACAUCAUCCCUGUAAUAAAAGAGUUCAGAUAAAUCA